AUGAAUCUUCAUAUCGCGAUAUCAACUGACCAUUGUCCUCGAAUCAAUAUAUCAGCGAAUAUGGCAACAACGGUGUUGGAAAAACCGUCAUUAUUGUCAUCAACAAGUGGUUCUGAGAGCUAUCGUGGUUUUUGUAAUCUUCUCUAUGUUAUUUUGGCUAUCGGAAGUUUUCGACUUGUGCUCGAGAAUAUUCUCAAAUAUGGACUAUUAGUUGAGUUUAAUUGGCCAUUAAGAUUUAUCAAAGAUCCCACUAAUUGGCCAUCGGUACUUUUAAUUAUCUUGGUGAAUAUUUUUAUUCUCAUCCAAUUUUGGUUGGAAGUGCGAUUGAGUAGAUGUUCAUCACGAAUGUAUUCCUUUUUGUUUCAAAUGAUUAAUCUCAGUUCUAUUCUUAUCUUUCCUGCUCUUUACAUCAAUCAUUGCCAACCGAAUCCAGCUGGUGCAUUUAUAGCUGUAUGCUCUUAUUCAAUCGUAUUUCUCAAGUUAGUGUCUUAUACACACGUUAACUAUCGAUGCCGACAAGACUUAUUCGAAAAGAAACACGAUGGCAUUAAACAAACAAAAGAUUGUGUCGUUUACCCUCAAAAUUUAACGCUAAGAAACCUCUAUUAUUUCAUAUUUGCACCAACACUUUGCUAUCAAUUAAAUUUUCCGCGUUCGCCAUGCAUUCGAAAAAACUUCAUAUGUCGACGUUCUGCUGAGAUCUUGAUCAUUUUCUCCUUACAAUAUUGUUUAAGUCAGCAAUGGAUCUUACCAAUCUUACGUACCCUGGAUCGACCCUUGAAUCAGUAUUCAAUUUUGGAAAAUAUUGAACGUUUGCUCCGUCUUGCAUUACCGAAUCAUUUUAUUUGGUUAUUAUUAUUCUACGCGUAUUUCCAUUCGACAUUGAACUUAUUGGCUGAGUUAUUAUGUUUCGGUGAUCGUUUAUUCUAUCGGGACUGGUGGAAUGCAACGGAUUUAUACGAAUUCUGGAAUCGAUGGAAUACGAUCGUUCACGAUUUCUGCAAGCGACAUGUUUACAAUCCAUUAGUGAAUCAAUUAGGUUUCAGUAAACUACUUGGUUCAUUUGUGGUGUUCGCAAUUAGUGCGUUCUUUCAUGAAUACUUGGUCAGCGUACCAUUACGAAUGCAGUAA